GUUUUGUUAAUCCUUUCCCUUAUCUCGGUCUCUCUCCUCUUUUGAAACGAGUCUCGUCUCUCUUUCCUUCCAUCGCUGAUCUACCCCGCCGUUAACCAUCGGUAAAAGCGGCGGAAUAAUUGGAUAUUCCUAAGGUUGAUGGGAUCUGGAAUGAUGGAGGAGGAGGCAGCAAAAGCUAGCGUGAAUCAGCAACAACAACAACAAUACUAUUACGGAACGUUUCAAGGCGUUGCAAAUUAUCAUCCUCCCGCUCUCCCACCGCAAUUGCUACCGCUUCCGCAACAACCUAUUGUCACGAGUCCCUUGAUUCCUCCCCCUAUACAUGGUUAUCAGAAUCCCCAAGGUCAUGGUGGUGGUGGUGGUUUUGUCAAUUAUGCUCAAGGAUACCCUGUUGUUCCUGAAUAUACAGUGGUUGAAGUUAGACCGGUGAGAGAGCACGACGUUCCUUGCUGUGGCUUUGGCAUGGGCUGGUUCUUGUUUAUUAUGGGCUUCUUGUUUGGUGGGAUCCCUUGGUACCUCGGUGCUGUUAUUAUUCUUUUCACCUCUGUUGAUCACCGCGAGAAGGCUGGUUACGUUGCAUGUUCUAUCGCUUCCGUUGUCUAUUUGAUUGCCGUUAUGCUCGGGAUGGCUGGGAAUAUUAACAUGAUCUGGUGAUAGAUACUACCUUAUGAAUCAAAUUUCUUCACGUAUAUGCAUCAUCAUAACUUAGUGAUUCACAAAAUAAAUUGUUGUUAUAAUUUUGUGUUGUAUCUAUUUGUUUACAAGUUACAUGUAUGAUGAAUAUGUUAUUGCUGCCUUUCAUGACAUCUUCAUGUAAUAUAUUUUUGUCAUCUUCUUUGUUUAGUUCCAAUGAAGUUGGAUGUGUUCCAGUCUUUUUGUCAUUUGUAAGCUGAAGGAAUUUGUAAACUUAAAAACAAAUAUUCAAUGGAAAAUAAAGUCUAAUGAAAUGCAAAAAAAAUGAUUAAGC